AUGCCAACAGACGGGCACAACACGGGGAGAGAGAGGGCUGCCAACAGAUCAGCCUGUGAAGACUACGUAAGGCCGCUUCGGGGACCAGGACACGUCGUCCUGUCGUCCCUAGACUCUAAUAACACCUGCGUGCGAGAGUUAACGGGGAAGGGCGAGCGGCAGACAGGGAGUAACGGGGCCGCGGUGCAGCUCCCCGCCCGGUUCCCCGCCGCACCUCGGCGAGGCGGGAGGCCGCGGCCCCCACCGCGGGCUGCGCUCCCGGCGCCACGGCCGCCCUCCUCGGCCCGGCCGGGGGACCAGCGGCGGUGCCCCGGCAGCGUCCCGCCGCCGAGUCCCCUCUGGAGGCUGGGGGUUACUUGCCACGCGCGGCGCCUGUCCCCCCGACCCUCCCGUCACCACAAGGGCUCCGGAGCCGGUGGCGGGGCCGCCUCCCCCUCCACGUCCUCCGCGGCCCCGGCCGGGGCGAGCGAGGCACGGGCUCCCCGCUCCCCGUACCUCUCUGUGGCGGCGGCGGCGGCGGCUGGCCUCGGCUGCCGAGCGCCGCCAGCAGCAAGAGGAGCGGCAAACCUUCCCGUGCCAUGGCUCCUCAGCAGCCGAGCUGCUGGCUCGUACGGCCCGGGGCCAGCCAGGAGAGUGAGCCGCCGCCGCCCCAGAGAGGAGAGAAGACCCCGCUGCCCCGGGCAGGGAGCAGGACACACCCCUGCCCCGCCCCGCCGCUCCCCCCCCCGCCGCGCCGGGCCCCGUCCCCGAGGGCCGCCGAGGCGGCAGAGCGAGAGGGGCCGCUGGGCCCCCAGGGGCGGUGAAGCCGGGAGCCACGGCGGAAGGAGGGGACAGAGGCUGCCGCAGGCUCCCCGCGGCGCUCGCGGCGGCCGGGCGCGCACCGGGAGGCCGCCGGGGCCCGGGUUUCGGGGGCGGCCAGGUAGGGCCGGGAGAGGUAAACGCCCGCCUCUGGGCGCCCGCCGCACGAGGCGGGCGGCACGUGCCCUCCGAACGGCCGCGGCCGCCGGGGCGCCGGCAGCAGGGCCGGCGUCCGGGGAUCGGAAGACUACGCGCAGCCUCCCUGGAAAUUGUCUUGACCGUCUGAAAACGGGACGUUCAUCAGGUUAUCCGAGAGAGAGAGAGAGACAAAAAGCCUGUACUGCGGGGGGGGGAGCCUUCCGGGUAGGCAUUCCGAACGCUAGAAUUGCAAACAAGCCGAAUGCAUUUUUCCUGCUGUGUCUGGGAGUAGUAUGUCAGCGCUAG